AAGCUCAAAAUUGUCACUACAGAACUACAUCUAUAAGUGAAUAAGCAUAUCGAGAAUUUUAUUUAGUUAAGUCUUUGAAAGUUUCCGAAUUAAAUUUAAAUUUCAGUUAGUGUGUAAAUUGUGAUUGAAUUGAUUAUCUUACUAAAUUCUACAAAGAGUCAACCGUUGAUUCCCCUUCAUUGUAAUGGCGUUGAGAACAAUACGAUAUUGUGUAUUGAAAUUUAAUCCGAAUGGAUCUCGCUUAUAUUCCGCUUUGGGGAAAAUACCAACAACUUUUGCAAUAGGAACUCCCAAAAAUGCGACAAAACCUGAUAACAGCAAACUCGACGAGCAAGAUGGUAGGCAAUGUUCGGAUCCAAACCUUAGAGGACUUGUGCUUGGCGUGUACAGCAUGGAGGACAAUAAACUUGAUCCUGGAAUUCUUACCCCAAUCGCUUACAAAUAUAAUAAGUCGAAAACAGCAGGACGACUUCUAGAACUUCUCCGUUUGGCUGGUCCGAUGCCCCGUAGAGGCGAAUAUCGAAUAUUCUACAAUUUAGAGCCUAGCUACUCGGCCAUAUGUAUCGUAGGUUUGGGUUCUGAAUGUCUAGGGUACGAUUCACACGAAUUGAUAGACGAACAUAAGGAAGCAAUACGCAGGGCUGUUGCUACUGGAUGUAGAGCGUUACAGCAAAUCCACGUUGAAAAAAUUGUUGUCGAAAGUUUCGGACACGCCGAAUCAGCAGCGGAGGGAGCAGCACUAAGUGUGUGGGCCUACCAAGAUUAUAAAGACAAAUUAGAUCAAAUCGUGGUUCCACAAAUUGAUUUACAUGUUGAAAAAGGCGAAGAAUGUGAUUGGGAUGGUUGGCGGAUAGGACUACAAAAAGCUGCCGCACAGAAUCUAGCGAGACAACUACAAGAAACCCCAUCCAAUCAGCUCAGUCCUACUUAUUUCGCACAAAAUGUCGUUGAUGUUCUCUGCAAAUCAGGUGUCAAUGUGGAAGUGAAAGUAAAAGGAUGGGCUGAAAGCCAACAAAUGCAUGCAUUUCUGGCUAUAGCGAAGGCUUCUUGUGAACCUCCCAUAUUUCUCGAGCUAAGCUAUUUUGGAACAAAUCGCGAAGAAAGGCCAAUAGUCCUGGUUGGUCAGGGCCUUACAUUUGAUGCAGGUGGCCUAUGCCUUAAGGAAAAAGAUGAUUUGCGUAACAUGCGAGCUGAUAUGUCAGGAGCGGCUUGUGUAGUGGCAGUUUGCAGGGCAGUAGCCUCUCUGCAGUUACCAAUUAAUAUCCGAGGUUUAAUACCCUUAUGUGAAAAUGUUCUCGGGUGUAACUCCUGCAAGCCCGGAGACAUCACGAAAACUAUGAGCGGAAAAAGCGUAGAACUGGAAGACACCAGCCACGAGGAUGCUUACGUAAUAAUAGAUGCCCUACUUUACGCUCAGAAUUUUUGGCCCAGGUUCAUACUUGACAUCGGAACCACCACAAGAGAGGCAAAGUAUGGCUUUUGCGAAGCAGCAACAGCUAUCUAUACCAACUCGGAGCAACUGUGGCAGCAAAUGAAAAACGCUGCAGCCCAUAGUGGUGAUCGAGUGUGGCGAAUGCCCCUCUGGCGGCAUUUCUCAUAUAUGAUGACAAAAGGAAAGCAUUGCGAUGUACAAACUUGUGGUAGAGAAAAAGGGCAUGGCACUCCUUGCAAAAAUGCCGCAUUCUUGAAGGAGUUCGUACCUUGCGGGCAAUGGAUGCAUAUUGAUACCAGAAACGUGAUGAGAACUAAUGGUUUAAACUUUGAGUACCUCCGCGAAGGAAUGGCUGGCCGUCCCACGAGGACAAUAAUUGAAUUCAUCGCCCAACUUGUGUGCCAUGAAAACGACCCCUCCACGAAUCAACAAGGCGCAAAUUGAUGAACGCAGGUCUGAUUGUAUACAGAUCGUAUAGUACUAUAAAUAGAGCGGAAGCGGAGGACCUUUUGUCUUGUGUUUAAGUAUAAUUAUAGGUUUAAGUAGCUGAAUAUGAUGUAGUAUGUGAUCAUUAGUUAAGUUCCAAUUCGAUAUGUAAACCAUUUUACUUCAUAUGUAAACGAAAAGUAAAUUUAAAGUCCA